AAGAGGAAAUCGCAAACCGUUGGAGUCUCUCCCAUAGUUUGUGCUUGGAUACAGUCGUUGCAGAGAAUUUCUUUUAAAUAAAGCAGGGGCUAAUAUGGCGACGUUGGGACCAGACCCUCGUCCCCAUUCCCAGCUCGCUUCUGCCUCGAUACAAAGUAACAUCAGUGGCAAUAACCUGCCUCCCAACCGCGGCUUGGAAAGAGCGUUGGAAGAAGGAGCGAACUCCGGGUUUUUGAACCUCAGCGCCAGGAAACUCAAAGAAUACCCCAGGACAGCAUCUAACUACGACUUAUCAGAUACGGUGGAAGCAGACCUGUCGAGGAAUCGUUUGGCGGAGGUCCCCUUAGAGGUGUGUCACCUGGUUGCCUUGGAAACGCUGAACCUCUAUCACAACUGUAUCAAGACCAUUCCUGACACCAUCAUCAGCCUACAGUCACUCACCUCCUUAAACCUCAGUCGGAACCAGCUGUGUGCUCUGCCAGCCUCCCUGUGUGGGUUACCCCUACGAGUCCUCAUUGCCAGCAACAACAAACUGGUGUGUAUACCUGAGGCCAUCGGACAGCUCAGGAGCCUCAUGGAGCUGGAUGUGAGCUGUAAUGAGAUCACUGCUCUGCCCCGUCACAUCGGCCGACUCAAGGCCCUCAGAGAACUCAACGUCCGCAGAAACCUGCUCUGUGUCCUACCUGAAGACUUGGCGGAGCUUCCCCUGGUGAAGUUUGAUUUCUCCUGUAACAAGGUGUCCACCAUCCCAGUGUGCUACAGGAAAAUGUCCCAGCUCCAGUCACUACAGCUGGAGAACAACCCCCUACAGAGCCCACCUGCACAGAUCUGCAUAAAGGGAAAAGUUCACGUAUUUAAGUACCUGAGCAUCGAGGCGUGUCGGAGUGACAAGAUGCCUGACUCUCUCUACCUGCCUGUCAUGGAGCGCCUCAGCCUAUCACGUCCCACCACUGGCAGCACGGAGGACAUUGACCAGAAUAAGAAACAGGACACUGACUCAGGAGUUGGCAGUGACAACGGGGACAAGAGACUGUCUGCCACCGAGCCCUCAGACGAGGACAGCUUGAGUCUCAAUGUCCCCAUGUCCCACAUCACAGAGGAGGAGGGGCUAAGCAAAGACGACUCCAGCGAACACAUCAGCGCUCUCACAGCGGACCCCCACGGGGACGGGGUGCGACUGAUAGAGGAGAGCCCCACUGAGGCCCUGAAGGAACAGUUUGGCUACAGAGAUUCUUCUGCUCUCAGCAACUGCUUUGUCAGCUACAUCAAGGGACGGGCGGCAGACUACGACGAGCCCCUCAGGAUAGAAGAAGAAACACACUGGGCCUCUGAACAGACGUCAAAGGUCACAGAAGGAACACACAUUGCCAUGAUCAACCAGCUGAAGGAGGCUGUGGAGCUACUACAAGACCCUAACAGAGUGAAUAUGGAAACAGAGGACCUGUCUGGAAUUCAGCUCUACCCUGUUGAGAUGGUCAUGGUGGAGGACUCUCUCAAUGGCCAAGACAGUGAUGGCAGUGAAGGACAAACCACACCCAAGGGAGAAGACAGAGUUCCAGGCAGCGGUCCCACGUUUACCACCCCUGCCUUUGGGCUGAAGCCCCGCUCUGCCCCCGCCUCACUGCCCUGCUCGCCCCCGCUCUGUCUCCGCCCCCUCCUCACACAGGCCCUGUCCGUCGAUAGAGACACUCCCCCUAGACCAGGCGAUGGAGGCAUGCACAGCAGUGUAUUCCUGAGGACCCAUAACAGCCUGGAGUCUGUUGACCCUCAGUUCACCAUGAGGAGGAAGAUGGAACAGCUGAGAGAAGAGCUGGAGCUGAUGGAACAACUCAGAGACAGCAUAGAGAGCAGACUGAAGGUGGCUCUUCCUGAAGACCUAGGCUCCUCCCUCAUGGACGGGGUGGUGCUAUGCCAUCUGGCCAAUCACAUUCGCCCACGCUCCGUGGUCAGCAUCCAUGUGCCCUCGCCUGCUGUGCCCAAACUCAGCAUGGCUAAGUGUCGGCGGAACGUAGAGAACUUCCUGGAUGCCUGUAGGAAAAUGGGCGUUCCUGAGGAUAAGCUGUGUCUGCCUCAUCACAUACUAGAGGAGAAGGGUAUGAUCAAGGUGAGCGUGACGGUCCAGGCGCUGGUGGAUGAGACCUCAACCAAGCAGGCUCUCUUCACGUGAGAGGGAAGGAGACCAACACACCAACAUAUAGACACACACCACUUAGUCUGUGGUUCAUUUUGUCAAAGUGACGAACACAGUUGCCAUUGUACCUCCUGAAAUAGCCUUUUCCAAGGGACUGUAGCCUAUAUCUCAGUCUUCCUUUCGUGAUUCUUACAACCAUGGUUUGAAGUUAUAAUGUGAUGCAUGGGGUGCCCUAAGACACAGUAGUGGGCUGUACUAAUGUGGAUAUUCGAAGCUGACAGAGGUGUCCACAUUGAUGGUUUUUAAUUCUUACAGGAGUGCCCUGGUUUGUUAUGGGAGCCUCCAGUACCCUUGGACACUCCUGUAGCUUGAACCCUGCCUACAACAACUUCUAGCAUGCUACACUGUGUAUUAUUGACUAUGCAUUUCAUGGGCUGUCAGUUUCCACCCCUCUAUUCCUAAAGCCAGGUAUUAUCACCCUCACUAAUUUCAGACUAGACACCUAACACUCCAACAUAGCGGUCUCUCUGCUAAAGCUUCCCUAUUUAAAGAUAUUUAUAAUAAAUAUGGCCAAGUGGUUGAGAGUUGUAUCCAUUGAAAAGAAUCCCCUAAAUAUUUUUCUCUAAUAGCUAAUAUAUUUUAGGUAUAGUUCUGUAUACUGUAUGUUUUACUUUGAAUUUGUCUCUCACCUCGUCUGUAGAGGUUGAAAUGUUGUCCUAUGAUUGUGGGAACCUGGUGUUUUUGAGUUGGAAUCUGUGGGUAUGUAACUCAGGGGAGGGUGUGGGCUUACUACACUGUUAUGAUCCAUUCCGUAGACUGCUUAUUUGUCAAUGGUAUUACUUGCGUGUGUGUGUGUGUAUGUGUGACUGCAUGCGUGAGAGACAGAAGAAAAGAGUUAGAUGGAAUGAAAAAGAGCGAAGGAAUGGGUUUGUAUGUCCUAGUACAUUCUAUACUGCUAAAUAGCCUCGAAGUGUCUGGCGAUGCUGACCAUGUCAGGUGGUCAUGUAGGACCAGCAAAGUAACAAAUGCAUUCACUGAUUUAGAGACACUGUUGGCAGCAUCUGAAGAGUAGUGCUUGAGUGCCCAAUAUCCUACUACUACACAAACAGCAGAACACUCCAAUAUAAGCAUACUAGGUGUGUGUGAGUGAGUGAGCGGUGGUGUCUUUUUUUUUAUUGUACAGAUAUAAUGCAUUUUCUACAGCUUGGUAUCCAAAGCUUAAGCUUAGCAGUAAAAUCAAACAAUGUUUCACUGGAUAGAUUUGACAGUUGCCAAAACAACUAAACAGUUUUUUUUCAGAGCCACUUAUGAUCUAAUGUCUUUAGUAUGGUAAUAUCUUUUUUUAUGAGAAGUGGUGAUGUGAAGCUGUAAAGUGAUGAUGGUUUGUGCAAGUGGGUUUCGUAUUUAGAAAGUAUUUCUAACUUUAUUAAUAGUAUGUUUUUGAUAUUUUAGUUAAACUAACAGUCGCUGCCACACUCCUCAGGCAAAGUGAACAAUCUCUUAGAAUCAGGAUCUGGAGUGAUCUCGUUAACAUAGCUAUAAUGUAAAGUAAUAAUAUUUACAACAGUACUACAAUUUAUGUACAGCUAACUGCCAAAACUGCUUCAAUGCACUUUAAUGCACCUUGGCUGGAUCUCUUGGAGGGAUGCAACGCCAUUCUUCCACAAUUUGGUGUUUUGUUGAUGGUGGUGGAAAACGCUGUCUCAGUCGCCUCCAGGAUCUCCCAUAAGUGUUCAAUUGAGUUGAGAUCUGGUGACUGACACACACGCACACUUAAAAUGAUGGGCAACUGGUAAUUUUUCUAUAUGACCCUAAGCAGGAUGAGAUGUUUUAAUUGCUUAAUUAACUCAGGAAUCACACCUGUGUCGCAGCACCUGCUUUCAAUAUACUUUGUAUCCCUCAUUUACUCACGUGUUUCCUUUAUUUUGUCAAUUACCUGUAUAUAAUGUAGCUUAUAUUUCAUAUAAUUCACAAUGCAUAAAUAAAAUUAAAAAAAUAUGCACAUUAAUCUUACUUUAAUAAUCAAAGUAAUUCCCUUUCCACUUAGCUAAAUAGAACUACUAACGGGUAAAAAUACCAGUAUCCCCGUCUCCCAGUUCUAACGUUUCCUUCAAUAUUUUGAUGAUCGACCAGAGAGAUGUGGAGACUGAAGGGAAAUGUGACGGGGAUAUUUGUUAAGAGAAAGUUGCUGUGUAGUUUAUUGUUUCACUUAGUCAUUAUGGAGGUUUGGGCCAUGCGCUGCAAACCUUUUUAGAAACUUAACAAGGGGACUACAUGAAAAGAGAUCAUUAUUUUACUAUUCAUUGAUUAGUCAGUCAAUCCCUUUGACCUUUUGGGAGGUUGAUGUUUAUUGUCAUGAAUCUUGCCCUGGAGACAGAAUUAAGGAUUUCUGCUAGAUGGGCCAGCUGCAAAGUCAAAGUUGUCUUGAAAAAAGUCAUGAAAAAAUAAAUAGUUUUUUAAAAUGUAUGGUUGGGCAUUAGGGUUAGCAGUGUGGUUAUGGUUCAAAUCUGAUGUUAUGACUUUGUGGCUGUGCCAGCUAGUCACCACUGCAGAGCUGCCUGCAGAGCAAGAUUCAUGACAAUAAAUGUGGCUGCGUGGCUGCCUACAGGCCUGAAAUUAUCUGCACUUUAAAAAUAAGUAUUUAUAGUUUUGUUUUGGCAACUAACAAAUCUGAGCUCCAUUUUGAUUUAGAAAUGUGUGUACGGCAUAAUAUGAAAUUAAUUUGAACUAUAUCAUUGUGAGAAAUGUUUUUACCACAGUGUAACUGUUGACUGCUGAGUGUUGAGCAGUUGUUUUCUACCUUUCUCUGUACAUAGUCCUGAAAGCUUGUACUCAGUUUUGUACUUAUGAUUGGGAGGACAUUGAUUUUAAAGUGAUGGGUUUUUUUGUAUGUUUUUUUUGCAUUUUGAUGUACCAUAUACAAUUUUGUACCUUUUGUCAAAUUGGUGUAUUUGUUGUACAGCAAUUUGGAUUUGAUUGCAUGAAACACCCCUUUAACGUCACCGUAACUGCUGUGAAUACUGUAUAUAUUUCUCAUCACUUUGAGUAAAGACUAUCUGAAGAAAACAGUC